GUCACACACUACUUCCAAGUUCGGAGUAAUUUACGUUUUUUUAAAUUUUCAAGAUUUUACAAGUUAUUACUAGUUGGGUGUAUUUCAAUGGUAGAAAACGGUCAUCAGCAGCCACCAGCUCCGGCGCCACCGCCGCCAACCACCGUCCAACAGCCACUAGGUUCAGCUAGAGGCCCUGCUUAUCCACCUGCCGAACAGCUUCUUCAGCUCAACUAUUGCAUCCAUUCCAAUCCUUCAUGGGCCCAAACUGCUAUCUUGGCAUUCCAACACUACAUUGUAAUGCUUGGCAGUGUAGUCAUGAUCGCUUCCAUUCUUGUUCCUCGAAUGGGUGGUAGCGCGGGUGAUAAGGCCCGUGUUAUUCAAGCGCUUUUGUUCAUGUCGGGGCUGAAUACACUUUUCCAAGCAUUACUUGGUACACGUCUUCCUACAGUCAUGGGACCAUCUUUUGCUUAUAUCUUAGCUGUAAUAUCAAUCAUAAAUGAUUUCAAAGAUGAAGAUUUCUCAUCUGAGCACGAGAGAUUUCUUCACACUAUGAGGGCUAUUCAAGGAUCCCUGAUAAUUUCGUCAUUCAUCAACAUGCUUCUUGGAUUUAGCAGGGCAUGGGGAGAAUUCACAAAGUUUCUCACCCCGCUUAUUGUUGUCCCGUAUGUCUGUGUUGUUGGUCUUGGAUUAUUUGGAAGGGGUUUUCCACAGCUUGCAACAUGUGUUGAGCUUGGCCUGCCUAUGCUUGUAUUUUUGGUUGUCCUUCAACAGUACUUGAAGCGCCUCCAUCCGGCUGGACAUCAAAUUCUCGAGAGAUUUGCUUUGCUUUUCUGCAUUGCGCUUGUUUGGGCUUUUGCAGCCAUCCUGACUGCAGCCGGUGCUUAUAACAAUGUUGGGGAAGCAACCAAACGUAGUUGCAGGACCGACCAUUCUUUCCUUAUGUCAUCUGCUCCAUGGAUUAAGGUCCCAUAUCCGUUUCAAUGGGGUACGCCGAUAUUCAGAGCAAGCCAUGUUUUUGGAAUGAUGGGAGCUGCUUUAGUCACAACAGUAGAGUCCACUGGUACAUUUAUAGCUGCAUCACGUUUUGCGGGUGCUACACCUCCUCCAGCACAUGUUCUUAGCCGAAGCAUUGGUCUACAGGGUGUUGGGCAGCUGCUUGAUGGAAUAUUUGGUUCAAUCGUUGGUACAAAUGCAUCAGUUGAAAACGUUGGCCUUCUUGCUCUAACACACGUGGGGAGUCGAAGAGUCGUUCAGAUAUCCACCAUUUUCAUGUUCUUCUUCUCCAUAUUCGGAAAAUUCGGAGCUUUCUUUGCAUCAAUUCCACUCCCGAUAUUCGCAGCCAUUUACUGUGUGCUCUAUGGUCUCGUAGCUGCCGUUGGGGUCACUUUUAUUCAAUUCACAAACAAUAACUCAAUGAGGAACAUCUACAUAAUGGGAUUAGCACUGUUUCUUGGGAUAUCUAUACCUCAAUAUUUUGUGUCCAACACCAAUGGCGGAAAUGGCCAUGGACCUGUGCACUCGGGUGCUGGAUGGUUUGAUGAUAUAUUGAACACUGUAUUUGCAUCGGCUCCUAUGGUGGCGUUGAUAGUGGGGGCGUUACUUGACAAUACACUAGACGCACACAAUGCGAGAGACGAGAGAGGGAUACCAUGGUGGGGCCCGUUUCAGAAAAAGAAAGGUGAUAGUAGAAACGAAGAGUUUUACAGCUUUCCUCUUAGGAUCAAUGAAUAUGUUCCAACCAGGUUUCUUUAGAGAUGAGUUUUGUUAAAUAUUUGUAACUCUUUGGAAUUUUAAAGUUGAUAAACACAUUGUUUUAUUAGUU